UGUUACUGCCCAAAGCUUAAUGUUCUUGUCGCUGCAGCGUCUACCUGAAUACGCUCCAAUGGUUUGCCAAUGAAGUUGUAGUAUCGACGAAUCCCAGCCAGCUGGAAUGUCCUCACUUCAAAUAUAGCACCCGUCUGCAGUUCAUACAUCCUUUCAUUACUAAAUUUUACCUUCAUCUGGCAGGCAGCUAACAUUCGCGUUUUUGCUCGGGAUGCCGCUACCUAGGAUGGCGAUAGAGCGAAGAGCCUUGCUAGGCUUCAGCAUUGACGUGGCGCAUGGUGUAGCCCUCUAGCUUAUAGAGACCUGGAUAUUGCGAUUAUGGCGAACCAACAAUUCUUCGGCCUCACGGCCGUGGACAUGGCGGGUCCCCCCACCCCCCUCACCCCGGGGCCGCCACCCACGGAACCCGCCUUCCCACCACCUCCCGGCACUGCCUCCCAACCACCAACCGCCACUUCCCAACUACCAGACAUCCAGUCAGCUUCCGCCGCCGCCUACAUCACAGAAGUAACAACCACCGCCCCAACCUCCGCCGGCAGCCCCCGCGGCGGCCCCACACCCCCGGCUCCCUCCCAACCCCAACCGCCGCCCUCCCGCGGCCCAACCAAGCCGCCGCCCCUCACCCCCGUGGCCGUACCUCCCGGCCCCGCCCCUCCCCCUCCC